AUGUGUGAACAGUCUGAAAUAAAUUAUUUGGAUGGGGAAGUGGUAUGGGUGAAGCUGGGCUCAUGCUGGUGGCCCGGUGAAGUGGUGGGACCAGAGAAGCUUCCACCAGAUGUCCUGCCAUCGUUUAGGAAGCCCCCUAUUGCUGUUGUCAAAUUUUUUCAAGAAGAUACUUUUGAAUAUGUGAAGAACAUAAAUUCUAUUUACAAAUACAACUGUAGCCGGAAAACAGAAUUUAUCAACAAAGGACUGUAUAUGUACAGAACGAAACAUGGCCACAUGGAAAAAUUUCCUGAAGAUGUAAUUAGGGCAGAAACAGCAGUCGGAGGUGAUAUAAAAAUUCUUACUAGAGAUGAAUUUCAAGAGGAAAAAAAGGAGAGCUAUGCCGGCCUGUUUGGUGACCCAGGCAAAAGAACUCCCUUGUCAACUAAAAAAGGCAGAGGUGGAAGGCGACUUUCAGAUCACAAGCAGUCAACACCUACAAGAAAGAUGCAGGAAAAAACUAAUUACAAGGUGCAUAUAUUAGUACAGGGAUCAAAAACCCCAGUUAGUCAAGCUACAGACAACUCUUCUACACCAUCAACAAGUCGCGCGGGUUCCGAAGCAGCUGAAGAAAAGUCUGAAAAAUCUGAAAAUGCUGUAGAGCAACCUGUUACAGCUUUUACCACCCCUACGAUGUCUAGUAGUGGUAUAUAUUCAUGUCAUGCAUGUUCGUUUACUACGACGCGACUCAAUGUUCUUAUCAUGCACAACAAAACUCAUAGUAUUACAUUUACACCAUACACACCAUCACCAGUGAGGAAAAAGAUUGCAAAAGUAAAAUCAACACCCAAUUCAUGUAAAACCCCAAAAGUACGCAAAAUUAAAAAAGAAAAGCCUGUUAAAGUAAAUAAUAAUAGCCAAGCACAAAAACGUUUAUCGCAAGAACAAGCUGUAGAGAUAGAAGUAAAGAAGCCGAAGACUGACGCGGAAAUUAAAAGUAGUCUUUUAGCCGAUUGGGAUGAUGUGGGUGAAGAUUCGAACGAUGAAUCAACAAUGGCUAUGACGGGGUCUCCCGAAGUGCCUGUGGGGGCUGAGUCUCCCGAUGUGCCGACACCAGCUGAACUGCCAAGUGCGCAGAUCCCUGAAGAAAUAUCCUCUGUACGCAAGAGUUCUGAAGAACUACAAUCGUCAGAAAAACCCGAAUCUUCUAGUGAUUCUAAAUAUGAAUUUUGUGAAGAUGAAGACUGGUCCCUAGAAGAAGAUGCUGGUAGAAAAAUUCCUCGCGUAAAAAACCCAUCUAAGCGUAAAGAAAGUAUUAAAAGCCUUAGUGUCGAGGAUGACGAUGUAGCUAAAGAGGUAGCAGAAUUACUGAAUAAAACGGUUGUGCCUGAAUUACCAUCGGUGCCAGAAUCUUUGAAAGUCGAGGAAAAUUUUCCAGAGCUCUCGAUAGUAAAAUCACCGGAUAAAACGAUUGAUUCAUGUGCCAGUGAAAAAGCACCUGAAGCAAACAACCCUCAAGAAAAUGCAAGUGUUAGUGAUCAACCUACUAAAACAAUUUUUAAAACGAAAACAUUUUUUCGGAGUCGACACUCUAGAAGUCAAGACGCUAUAGGGAAGUAUGUGGCAGAGCAGUUGAAUGCGGCUGAGAGAAUGGAUAUGUCUGAAAGUGAAACAAACGGCGCAGAGGUUACGUCUUCACCCGAACCUAGAGAUUCGCCAGUUGAGCAUAUUAAAGUCGCACGUCUGGCUCCUAAAAUACAGCUUAAAAAGAUGAAAGCUGAAGCCGCUCAACAACAGCAGCAGAAAGAAAGAAGUAUUUUAGAUCGUAACAAAAGCGAUAUAUCAAAUAAUACAACAAUACCAUCAGAAGUUAAAAUAAAUGUGACGAAUGAUCUUACAAUUGAAAAAAAUUCAACUAUUGACCCAUUUAACUUUUCUCAAAUUAAUCCAAACAGAGAGGCAGUAUCAACUUCGAAUUCAUCCUCCAAGAUUAUGACCAGCAAAGAUGACAGUUAUGAUGAAAUUUCAGGGAAAUCUAUGAUCGAAGAAGCAAUUGUAAACGAUGAUAAUAUCGAAAAAGAAACUCUGACUGUAACUACAAAAGAAAAUAAUACAGAAGUUGAAUUGUGUUGUGUUGAAAAGAAUGAGAUAGAAGCACAACGACUAAGUUACGAUAAAUCCGUCGAAUCCCAUUUAACUAAGACAGCUGUAGACGCUUUACUAAGUGUAUCUCGGGAGAACGAUCGUGUUACAAAAAAUAUUGGUGAUGAUCCACCAGAGGAUCUGUUUGAAGAUGACCAAAGAGAUAGCUGCCCUGUUAACAUUCUUAAUGGUUAUAAUAAGACAGAAUACAAUAAGCUCGACGCAUUUCAAGAGAGUGAAGUUGAACGUACUGAUAACCACGUUGCUCCUGAAAAUGAAAGUGCAACUAAAAAUAGCAAGGAUACAAUUUUAGAGAACGAUAACACGAAAAGUGUGUCAUAUGAUGAUGAUAUUAAACAAAGACAUUUAGAUAACGAAGACGAUCCUUCUGAUAAUGUUCCAACAGAAUGUGAUCUCCAAAUCGCAGAGGCUCUCAUCAAUUUACCAUCAACAGCUAUUCAAAAUAAAACUUUUAAUGAACACCAGGGCCCAAUUUCGCCGUAUAAAUCUAAGUCAUCAGAGGCGUGCAAGCCGAUCCAAGAAAAUGAAAAUGUUAUAAAGGCAGUCUGUACAAAAGACUUGAAGGUUACAGAUCUUGCGUCAGAUUUUGCAAACGAAAACGAAAGCAUAGUUCGGUAUGAAACUGAGCAAGAAAAAAGUGAAAAUCUAAAUGCGGCACAAUCUUUGGUACAGAUGUCAGAGUCAAUCGAUCAUUCUAUAAAUUUCGGUGAAGUAAAUUCAGGAACUAAAGAUGAAAAUGGCUGUGCCAAGAAAGGUAGUGGUAAAUGUGAAAGCACUGUUGAACAAAAAUUAGCAUUAAUGUCUGAAGAAACUGAUGCAGAACAAUCGGAUGGUAAAACGACGUUGUACGAAACAUCGUCAUCUAAAUUAUUAAAGAUAUUGGAAGAGCCUUCUACACCGAAAGUAUCAUCAAGUAAAACGGUUUUGACGAAACAGGUUAUAAUGCCCGGGAAAGAGAAAAUACUAAAUUUCGACGUUGGCAAACAGUCUUUUAAAGGUAAGUCACAGUCGCCCAAACAGAAAAUAAUCAUACGUCGAACUAUGCCAAGUAAGAACUUGUUGAACAAUGUAAACGAAGUUUCUAGCCUUGAUAAGAUUAUAUUGUCGCGCACUAACAAAUCUGCUCAGGACGGCUCAUCCGUACAGACUUAUACUAUUCAGACAUCACCGGAAACUCCUACUGACACUAACACUAUACUAAUCCAACAGAAAAUUAGAAAAGUCACCAAACCUAUGGCGAAAUUACAAAAAAUAAAACCGCAGACUUCACUCGUCGCCCACGUCAAUGAUAUAAAGCCCGUUACUGAAUCAUCAAACGAGGAACCUAUGUUUGACAUUAAUUCUAUGCCAGUAGUAUUGUCCGACGAUAUACUUACGCCCGAGAACAUUGAAAAAAUGCCCAUUGUAAUGUCCGACGGCAACAUCAUAACGAAUCCAACUAAUCCACCAAAACUUUUGAAAACGAAACAGACUGUAAUCGAAAGCGAGAAGAUCGCGUUAAGUCCUAUAACCAGUAAGGCGGAAAUCAAAACAAUUGUAAUGGGUCCAUCGAACGAAGGUGCUAAAGUGACAACUCCCAAUAUUCUUUCCAAGUCGUCGAAGCUGCGCGGCGCUAAACCUAUGUUGGUUAUAGAAAAAGCCACUGGCAAAAAGAAAAUCAUAAUGACGCAAUCGGAGCCCGUGGCGAAAGAGGUGAAACAAGCACCACCCGCUCUUUUACAGACCGUUCAGCCGGCUGGCGCGAAAACGGAAAAGUUCAUAAUUCUACCUUCGCCUAGUUCGCCACGUACAUCGCGGACGCAAAAAAUCGUGAUAGACCCCCAAACGGGGAAGGCCCAUGUGCUCGUUGGGAAGGGCGCCGAAACGAAUUUGGGCGCACCGGAAACCAAGACCGUUUCGGCGAAACUUAUGCAGUCUACUUCGGACAACGCCUCACCGGGUAACACUGUCAUGAUCAUUACCAACUCUCAAGGCGGUCAGUCAAAAAUUAUCCUGACGCCGGAACACGAAAAGAUUUUGUUCCCCAAUAAAGCGAACGUAUCACAACUGAAGACGUUCACUCAAAGGAUAACAACAAAUUCAGGUAUUCAGCAGAAGACUAUUCCAUCAGUGGCCACGGCCAAGAGUCAAACUAGGAUCGUGCCCAAGCAAAAAAGUGCAAUCAUCACAUCAAAGGGUCAACUCAUUGUUGGGGGAUUAGUGUCUUCCACCCAGAACAUCGCUCCGAUGCCCGAAAUAAGACCCGCCUUGAAGAGGAUAGUGCCCGCGGAGCCGAAAAAGAUUAUCCAGACAAUUCAGAAAGAUGGACCGGAACCGUUAAUAUUCCUUCAAAGGAAAUCCGGUACUGUUAUGCAGAUAACUGCAGCGCAGUUUGAGCAUUUGCAAAGGACGGGUCAGUUCAUACCAAAAUCACCUGGACCUGUGAUGGAAAAUAAAAUCGUCCUACAAAAGUCUGUUAACCCGCCGGUAAGUGAACCGACGUUAGUGAGCACAGCGAAGCAAAGGGUAAGAAAGGGCACGGUCGAAUCCCGGAUGCCGAUUAAGAAGCCCAAACAGGAGAUACCCAUAGCUCCUGCUCCUGCGCCCAUAUCACCGAUGCCGGCUUUGACGCCCUUGUCUAAUACAAUGUCGACGACCAUACCACCCGUUCUAAGCGCGGCCGCCACGGGCUCUGCGUACCCUGACUUGGAGAAUUUCGAGGAGCUUUUGCCGUCGACCGCGAUUGCGCGACAAUGCGAGCCCGUCGUGGUACAACCCGAGCCAGAUCAGCCCAGCGCGCCCCCUCAAGCGGCGAUCUCCGACGGCCAACUGCUGGCAGUGCCCGGGGAGCAUUUCGGGGGGCUACCCGGCUCGUUCUACCUGUGCGUGGAGGACAACGGAAACUACACGAUAGUGGACAACCGACCGCUGAUGUUGGAGAACAACCAGCUCGUGCCGAUGGCGGAGCCCCUGCCCGUUAUAGCGCCGCAACCGGAGCGCAGGGACAUACUGGAGGCGGCGCUCGCGAACAGCGACGUGUUCCACGCGGAGGGCGCGCGCGAGGAGGCGCCCGAUUUCCGGGACCUGAACGCGAACGUCUCUGUGCACUGCCGCGUCUCCGAGACCAGCACGACCCUCAACCAGCCCAUAAUGACGCCCGUCGAGGUGCCGACCAAGGUCGAUACGGAGCCCGCCGUGCCGGCCAACCUGGAGGACGGGCUGGCCGUGAUAGGCGUGACGCCGCCGACCGUGCCCACAUCGCUAGAGCUGCCCAUCACGGUGACGGAUCCACGGAUAGCGCCUAAGACCACGGACCCGCUGAGCAACAACUACGGUGCCGCGGUGCUCCCCUCGCCCGGAGCGGAGCUCGCUUUCGUCUCCGAGAAGGCGGACGCGCCCGUCGAGCCGAUUUCCAUGCCGCUCCUUACGGACGACGAGUCCGUGGGCAAGUCAAUGCCGAUAUUGACGGACGACGUGACGGACAGGACAGUGUCAUCGGUGGAGUCCGCCGUCGGCUCGCCCUGUUCGAUGGACGUCAGGGAGUCCGAAACCGAGGACAGCAGCCAGUGGUCGCAGCGGAUGUUUACGCCCGGCUCGGAUUCAUCCGAAACCUCGUCCGAGAUACCAAUGCAGCCAGUUAUAAAACUCUCCGCUAACGAUAUAUCUCACAGUGAA